GACCAAGGUUUCUCAUCCACUGUUUGCUGAAAUUGUGUGUUCUGAAGCGACUGGCUCUGAGUAACAGCGAAGUUGGGGACCUGGACUUCCCGUUUGGAAAUCCUUGAGAGUCUGAACUCUUCUGCAGUUGUCAUUUAUCUGUUGGAAAGAUAACUAGUUAACGUUGAAGAUGGUCCAUGCCGAAGCCUUUUCUCGUCCCUUAAGUCGGAAUGAAGUGGUCGGUCUGAUUUUCCGCUUGACCAUAUUUGGCGCAGUGACGUACUUCACGAUCAAAUGGAUGGUGGAUGCGAUUGACCCAACCAGGAAGCAGAAGGUCGAAGCUCAGAAACAGGCAGAAAAGUUAAUGAAGCAAAUUGGUGUGAAAAAUGUGAAGCUUUCGGAAUAUGAAAUGAGCAUAGCCGCUCACCUUGUAGACCCCCUCAACAUGCACGUUACUUGGAGUGAUAUAGCAGGUUUGGAUGAUGUCAUUACUGAUCUAAAAGACACUGUUAUCUUACCUAUUAAAAAGAAGCACUUAUUUGAAAAUUCCAGGCUUCUGCAGCCUCCAAAAGGUGUUCUUCUCUAUGGCCCUCCGGGCUGCGGUAAGACAUUGAUCGCCAAGGCCACGGCCAAAGAAGCCGGCUGUCGAUUCAUCAACCUUCAGCCCUCCACGCUGACUGACAAGUGGUACGGGGAAUCUCAGAAGCUGGCGGCCGCCGUUUUCUCUCUUGCGGUCAAGCUGCAGCCCUCCAUCAUCUUUAUAGAUGAAAUAGAUUCCUUCCUGCGGAACCGCUCCAGUUCCGAUCAUGAAGCUACAGCCAUGAUGAAAGCUCAGUUCAUGAGUCUGUGGGAUGGACUGGAUACCGAUCACAGCUGCCAGGUGAUAGUGAUGGGAGCAACCAAUCGCCCUCAGGACCUGGACUCUGCUAUCAUGAGGAGAAUGCCCACGAGGUUCCACAUCAACCAGCCGGCUCUAAAGCAAAGAGAAGCAAUCCUGAAACUCAUCUUGAAAAACGAAAACGUGGAUAGACACGUGGACCUACUAGAAGUUGCCCAGGAAACUGACGGUUUUUCAGGAAGUGACCUAAAGGAGAUGUGCCGAGACGCCGCCCUCCUGUGUGUGAGGGAGUAUGUCAACUCCGCACCGGAAGAGAGCCACGACGAAGAUGAGAUCCGGCCUGUGCAGCAGCAGGACCUACACCGGGCAAUUGAGAAGAUGAAGAAGUCCAAGGAUGCCGCGUUUCAGAAUGUUUUAACGCACGUUUGUUUAGAUUAAGAGUAAAGAUCAUUUGUACAGUUCAGUGUGGCCUAGUCUGGUAUGCCCUCUGAUCCAUAGGGAGACAGAACAGGAGGAGGAAUGUUCUCUAAGCAGGGAGGUUCGUGACACUGGUUUUGUAAUCUGUGAGACGUAGGUGUUGUGUAAUGGUGUAAGCACUUAUCAGAAAUCAUGAGGAGGAACAAAUUUAGUCUAGCCUGAGUCUGGGUGCUCGUGUUGCCCUAUCUAGCCGUAUGUCAUAGCAGCCUUACAGCGUCUGUCUUAAGCUGGCCUCAGAGGAGUCAGGGACUUGUCAUUGGUGAGAAGUGCGGGUGUGAGCAAGGGCUGACCUCUAGACAUAAGUAUGUGUGUCUGUCUGUGUGUAUUCAAUGUGUGUUCACACAUUUUAUAUUGGCAUUAUUAGAUAGGUCUGAAUACAGAAACUUUUUUAACCCCAUCUACUGAAUCAGAAAGUACCAAAUAAGUGUAUAAGUGUGUAUGUGUGUGUAGCAUACUGAGUUUAAGCUCAUAUCUAAAGGAUACAUUGCAGGCUGGAGCUGGUGCUCAGUGGUAGAGUACAUGUGUUACAUAUAUAAUUCCCUGGGUUCAGUCCCUGCACCACUAAAGAAAGAAAAGGUAUAGUGAUUCAGGUGUUUUUUAGUUUUGUUUUCUGGUUUUUUUUUGUUUUUUUUUUGACAUUUUGCUGAAUAGUUGGCAUCUAUACCUGAAUAUUUCGAUGUGGUUUAAUUCAUGUGGCUGUAUAAUAAAAUAAACAUUCUUAUUUGCUGUUGAGUACUGAAUGGUUAUCAGGCACUUGUGAGACCACUGUAAUUUUAAUUCGCUUCUCUCUGUCAGCAGUGUGAGUCGACAUGAUUUAGUUGCUCUGUGAAAGCCCUGAGUGCCAUCCAGCUCACAGACGUAGCAUUGCUCACUUCAGCUGAUAGAACGUGCAUCGGUCUGUUGUGUGUGUGUGUGUGUGUGUGUGUGUGUUAACGCUACUUUAAAGGUCUGUGUUGUUUAACUAGGGUUAAAUAAUGUUAUCAGAAAUUAAAUGAUAGUUUAAUGAGUAACUGCUACUAACUGUACUAAAAUGCCCACUUUGUAAAAUAGUUUAUGUCUAGAAUUUCACUAGGCAGAAAAACACACAGCAAGAGAAAACGGCACAGUGACACCUUGCCCUGCCUCCGGAUCGCAGGCCAGAGCGGGCGGCACCCAUCUCAUCCUCACUGUAUCUCUGACAUGGUCUCCGUGUGUGGUGCCGCCUCCCUGCUUUGCUUAGAAUGGUGGGUGGCUGGGGUAGAAGCUGCAGGACGACACUUUGGGUAAGGAAAACACACGCUGAAAAACUGUGAAGACGAUCGCAAAAUCGAAUGCAAAACACGAUACCAAAAAAAAAAAAACCAACAAGAACUCAUCUCCACUUUUAAUAACUGCUACGCUAUUAUUUUAUAAUGUAUAAUAAAGAGACCCCUCUCUACUGA